AUGCGAAAGGUUUUGACAGCUGGUGCCAACAUUACGGUGAGCCGCUUCGACGCACCGGUAACCGGGAAUUGUCGAGUGAAACCAUACUUCAAAGCUGGCCGGCCUAGGAACAGAAGGAGCUGGAUCUGGAACCAGUUUUUUGUGAUAGAGGAGUACAGUGGACCAGAACCGGUUCUUAUUGGACGGCUGCACUCAAGUGUUGACAGGGGAGAUGGACGUACCAAGUACGUGCUGAAAGGGGAAGGGGCGGGAUCUGUGUUUGUGAUUGAUGGGAGGACAGGAAACAUCCAUGUCACCAAGCCGCUGGACCGGGAGGAGAAAGACCAGUACAGGCUUAUUGCCACUGCGACUGACCGUCAGACUGGCCGUGCCCUAGAGCCAUCGUCUCAGUUCAUAAUCCGAGUACAGGACAUCAAUGACAACCCUCCGAUCUUUCGCGAUGGUCCGUACAGUGCCACGGUACCUGAGAUGGCCAACAUUGGAACAUCUGUUAUCCAGGUAACAGCAACAGAUGCUGACGACCCUACGUAUGGAAACAGUGCCAAGCUGGUGUAUUCAGUGAUUCAGGGCCAGCAGUAUUUCUCCGUGGACCCACAGUCAGGUAUCCUCCGUACUGCGGUGCCGGACAUGGACAGAGAAACACAAGAUCAGUAUCUGGUUGUCCUCCAGGCCAGAGACAUGGGAGGACACCAGGGGGGGUUGACGGGAACCACCACUGUGACAGUGCGACUGAGUGAUGUCAACGACAAUCCACCUCAUUUCACUCAAAGCAUGUGGUCUUUCUCUGUGUCCGAGCUGGCCCUCCCAGGGGUUGAGGUCGGCCGUCUCUCGGCAACAGACGCUGAUCUAGGAGAACACGCCCGGCUAGAGUUUACCAUCGUGGAUGGGGACGGGGGAGACACAUUCAACAUAACUGGUCUGAACCAAGAGGCAGUUAUUUUAUUAAAUAAAGUGGUGGACUAUGAGAGACGCAGCUCCUACACUCUCUCUGUGGAAGUGCAAAACCCGUUUGUGGACUCCCGCUUCCUGCGUAGGGGACCAUUCAAGGACCGGGCAACUGUAAGGAUCACGGUGCUCAAUGCGGAUGAGCCUCCUCGAUUCUCACGCUCCCGGUACCGUCUGGAUGUGACGGAGAACUGCCCCCCCGCCUGUGUGGUCGGUCGUGUGGCUGCAGUAGACCCAGACACGGGACUGAGCAACAACAUCAGGUACUCAAUUGACCCUGAGUCAGACCCAGAGGCGCUGUUCCGUAUCGCCCCUGACAAUGGUCUUAUCACCACGGCAAUGGAAUUGGAUCGUGAACGUGAGCAGUGGCAUAAUAUCACCAUCAUCGCCACGCAACGAGACAGUCCCAGCCAAGUUACCCGGGUAGCUGUUGCCAUAGAGACUCUGGAUGUGAAUGACAAUGCCCCUGAGCUGGACAGAGAGUAUAGCACGGCUGUAUGUGACUCCAGCACCUCUGGCCAGGUAGUGCAAGUGCUCCGGGCAGUCGAUAAGGACCAAGGGGCCAAUGACUCUCCAGUUUAUUUCAGCAUUUCUGCAGAGUCCAACACAGCUCUCAACUUCACCAUCAGAGAGAGAGGAGAUGACACGGCCAGUCUGGUGCUUCUGUCGUCCCCAAAGCCUCUCCAUCGCUUCGCUUCUUCGUCCUCUUUGCUGACAGCGAGAGUACCCAUAAUCCUUCGGGACGGGGCAUCUGGGCUGAGCAGCACAGGAACUGUUACCGUGGCGAUAUGUCCGUGCCAGAAAGGAGGAAUGUGGGUGGAAGAGAGGAGGAGACAGAAGAACAGAGACGGUCGUGAUGAGAAAGAUGAAGAAGAACCUCUGAUGGAUUGGGAACGGCACAGCGUGUGUGUGCCACUGCCCAGUGCGUCCGCACUCUUUGGAUUCAGCUCAGCCGCCAUGCUAGCCGUACUGGCCUGUACCGCGACCCUUUUAGUGGUAGUUGCACUCUUGCUGUCAUUGCGAAGGCAAAAGAGAGAUGCCCUCUCACCUAUGGAUGAUGAUGAGAUCCGAGAGAACAUCAUUACCUACGAUGAUGAGGGAGGGGGCGAGGCUGACACAGCUGCCUUUGACAUUGCUGCGCUGAAGAGCGCCCCCCAGAGCACAUGCAGGCCACUGCGGCUGCUGGACAGCAGGAACACGCAUUCGCAGGAGAAUUUGGAUGGCGGCAGAACAUACAUCUGGGGCCAAACCCAGGGUCUUGACCCGUGCCGUCCCGGCUCCGCGCCUCUCUAUGGCCGAUUCUGCUACAGCAUCCAUACCCUCCCCGCCACGAAAAACAGACACAGUCCAUUUGAAGCCCGAUUAGACCUUGCCAAACUCGUUUAUGAUCUCCCUGGCAACCACAGCCAGGCCAACAUUGGCUUGUUGGAGCCCAGUACCAGCUCCUCAGGGUCGGCAGCACCUUCUGGGACUCAUCUCGGAUCUGUGAAUAAGGCUGUGGAUGGGUCUGUGGACAGUAAUCUUAAAGAGAGUGAAGGAGGUAGUGAGGUCAACUCUGACUGUCAGACAUUGAGUCAGGAUAACUCUUUGUUGUCAGAGCAUGGUGUAAUUCCAAAGUGUUCAGAGACUGCCAGUAGCUGCAACUCUUCGACUGACCAGCAUGGGACAUCUCCACAGUGCAUCAACACAAGAGCGACUAUUUCAACCACCAGUGGUUUCAGAACCCUGCAAGGUUCUGAGAAAAACUCAGACCAUAGCUCUCAAAUUAACACGAGCCAAACAAUGUUCAAGCCACAGGAGGUUCCAUUCCGGACAAUGGAGGGAACUCUUCUCCGAGGCAGUGGAGGGAUACCUUUGACUGGGACUGCUUCUUUAUACCCAGAGGCGUCGGGUCUACGGGGAAUGUAUGCUUUGCCAGGGAGAAAUUUUGCCCCGCAGCUGCUGGUGCAACUUCCUGGGACUGUUGUGGGAUAUGGAAAUGGGUGGGGCUUGGGAAAUGAGGGUGUGUCUGGAAGGGGAGGGGCUAGCCCACUGACCCAUAGGAUGGGAGAUUUUCUGGAACAUCGUCUAGCUCAGGUGACCUUUGACCCUCUACAGCCCCCGUACGAUUCGUUGCAGACGUACGGGCUGGAGGGUGGAGGCUCCAGAGCAAGCUCGCUCAGUUCGCUGGAGAGUGAGGAGGAGAGAGAGACAGAAAAAGACACAGGAGCUAUAGAGGACUGGGGACCAAAGUUCCAUUGGUUACUGGACAUCUUUAAAGGGAAGGAACAGGACAAAGAAGGGGGUAAAGCAGUAGAUAAUGGUCAAAUGAAAGAGGAAGGGGUGGUAGAAAGAGAUGAGGGGAAAGCAGUAGAAGCAAAAGAACGAGAGAGAGGGGAUGAUGACCCAGAAGAAGGAGAUGCAAUCUCAAAGGCAAAUGUUAUCCCUCUCAACCUUCCCCUAGCCCUGUACCUGAAACCAUAA